GGCCAAGGGGACGGCCAUAGCGGGGACUCGGGGCAGCCUUUGUCCCAGGAGCAGGGCUCCGCACGCCAGGUACGUGCCGACAGCCGGGGGAGGACGACGGUGCCGGGAGCAGCUUCGGGUUGGAGGAGGAAUGGGCUACAAAGCCAAGGUCGUUGUGGGUCUCCUGGCAGCCACCUGCGUCUUCAGCAUCAUUGCCCUCAUCCUGAGCGUCGUGAACGUGAAGGACGUGUUUCUGCCCCCCAGGACAAAGUACGGUCUGGUGUUUGACGCCGGCUCCACACACACGUCUCUUUACAUCUACCGGUGGCCCGCCGACAAGGAGAAUGGCACCGGCAUCGUCUCCCAGGUGGCGGUCUGCAACGUGUCUGGACCCGGCAUCUCCAGCUACGCAGACAACCCCGCCGAGGCUGGAGCCAGCCUGAAGCCCUGCCUGGAGACGGCCAUGCAGAUCGUGCCGGCAGAGCAGCAGCGGGAGACCCCCACCUACCUGGGGGCCACAGCGGGCAUGCGGCUGCUGAGGGAGCAGAACAGCACCAAGGCCGAGCAGGUCUUCGCCGAGGUCGCCAAGGCCAUUGGCAAGUACCCCGUGGACUUCCGCGGAGCCCGGAUCCUCACGGGGAACGAGGAGGGCUCCUUGGGCUGGAUCACCGUCAACUACCUGCUGGAGACGCUGGUCAAGUUUUCCUUUGCAGAGGAAUGGGAACAUCCACAGACCACGGAGGUUCUGGGAGCUCUGGACCUUGGAGGUGCCUCGACACAAAUAACCUUCCAGCCUGGAGUCACCAUUGAGGACAAGAACACCUCCGUCCUCUUCCGGCUGUACGGCACCAACUACUCGCUCUACACCCACAGCUACCUCUGCUACGGGCAGACGCAGGCCCUGAAGAGGCUGCUGGCAGCUCUCCACCAGGGCAGCCCGUCUACCCCGCAGAUAUCCCACCCCUGCUACCCCAAGGGGUACCGGGAGAACGUCACCACGGCAGACCUCUACAGCACUCCCUGUGUCCGUGCACCAAGCACACCCGGCCCUGCACAGGUCCUCACGGUGACGGGGACAGGGAACCCCGCGGAGUGCAGGACCGCCAUCCAGAAACUCUUCAACUUCAGCUGUGGGGCCAACAGGACGUGCGGGUUCAACGGGGUUUAUCAGCCGCCCGUGCGGGGACAGUUCUUCGCCUUUGCUGGGUUCUACUACACCUUCCACUUCCUGAACCUGACCAGCCAGCAGUCUCUAAAUGACGUCAACUCCACGGUCGAGACCUUCUGCAAGAAGAACUGGACAGAGCUGGUGGAGAACUUCCCGCAGCAGAAACGGUACCUACACACGUACUGCUCCAUGGCGACCUACAUCUUGACAUUGCUGCUCGAUGGCUACAAGUUCAAUGAGCUCACGUGGAGCAACAUCCGCUUCAGCCGGCAGGCAGCAAACACGGACAUCGGAUGGACGCUGGGCUUCAUGCUGAACUUCACCAACAUGAUCCCCGCGGAGGCUCUGGAACAGGUCAAGGGGCACCAGCCCAGUCUGUGGGCAGGUGCCGUCUCCUUCAUUGUGCUGGCCAUGGUGGCAGGCCUGCUGGCUGCUUUCCUCCAGUGUUUCUGGAAAACCAAGUAGCUCCCAGCCUCCUGAGUAGAGGCAUCCUGGGCAUUAGACCCAUCUCCAUUGCUUAGGAGGUUUAACUGGGUCAUCUCUGUAAAGAUAUUGAAGAUAACAAAGGUGUCUUGAGGUCUCUAAGUACCUCCAAGGGGAAAAGACUCCUGACUCCAGAACAGACUUUAAUCUGGCUGACAAAAGCUGACUGAGAUGAAGCCAGAUACAUUCAAACUAGAAAUAAAAUCCAUUUUGUUUUUCAAAUACGAAAGUCACCAACCAGCCUAGCACAGUUUCCUUGGCACUUCCAGUCCUGCUGGGCUGCGCGCCCUAAAGCCCUGGG